UCCGGGCGGGCCCGCGGGGGGAGAGGAGCUGCUGCGGGAGCGGAGCCUCGGCCCGGCCCGGCCGCCGCCAUGCCCGGCAUCGACAAACUGCCCAUCGAGGAGACGCUGGAGGACAGCCCGCAGACCCGCUCUUUGCUGGGAGUAUUUGAAGAAGAUGCUGCUGCAAUAUCCAAUUACAUCAAUCAGUUAUUUCAAGCCAUGCACAGAAUAUAUGAUGCACAGAAUGAAUUAAGUGCAGCAACUCAUCUGACUUCAAAGCUUCUGAAGGAAUAUGAGAAACAGCGUUUCCCACUGGGGGGAGAUGAUGAAGUCAUGACUUCCACUCUGCAGCAAUUUGCAAAAGUGAUUGAUGAGCUCAGCUCUUGCCAUGCAGUACUUUCAACUCAGCUUGCAGAUGCAAUGAUGUUUCCUAUUACCCAGUUUAAAGAAAGGGAUCUAAAAGAGAUAUUAACUCUAAAAGAAGUUUUCCAGAUUGCAAGCAAUGACCACGAUGCUGCCAUUACCAGAUACAGUCGGUUGUCAAAAAGAAGGGAAAAUGAAAAGAUCAAGGCUGAAGUUACAGAAGAUGUAUAUACUUCCAGGAAAAAACAGCAUCAGACUAUGAUGCAUUAUUUCUGUGCAUUAAAUACUCUCCAGUACAAAAAGAAAAUUUCUCUGCUGGAACCCUUGCUAGGAUACAUGCAAGCUCAGAUAAGCUUUUUUAAAAUGGGUUCAGAAAAUCUUACUGAGCAACUGGAAGAAUUUUUGACCAAUAUUGGCACAAGUGUACAAAAUGUUCGCAGGGAAAUGGACUGUGAAGUAGAAAACAUGCAGCAAACCAUAGAGGACUUGGAAGUGGCGAGUGAUCCACUGUAUUUGCCUGAUCCUGAUCCUACAAAAUUUCCUGUUCAUAGAAAUCUGACACGGAAAGCUGGCUAUCUCAAUGCAAGAAAUAAGACAGGGCUGGUAUCUUCUAGCUGGGAGAGACAGUUUUACUUCACCCAAGGUGGAAAUCUGAUGAGCCAGGCCAGAGGGGACGUAGCUGGGGGACUUGUCAUGGACAUAGACAACUGCUCUGUGAUGGCUGUGGACUGUGAGGACAGACGGUAUUGCUUCCAGAUUACAUCUUUUGAUGGCAAAAAGUCUUCAAUCUUACAGGCAGAAAGUAAAAAGGAUUAUGAAGAGUGGAUAUGCACCAUAAACAACAUAUCUAAACAGAUAUAUCUAAGUGAAAACCCUGAGGAAAUGGCUGCUCGUGUCAAUCAGUCAGCCCUGGAGGCUGUCACUCCAUCUCCCUCCUUUCAGCAGAGGCAUGAGAGCAUGAGGCCAGCUGUACAAUCUCGUCCUCCUGCAGCUCGUACCAGCAGCACAGGGUCACUGGGAUCUGACUCAGCAGCUUUAUCAGCACUUUCCUUGGAUUCACUUGUUGCCCCUGACACACCUAUACAGUUUGACAUAAUAUCUCCAGUUAGUGAAGAUCUGCCUGGCCAAGCAAAGUCUUCAGGGCAAUCGAGCAGACGCACAAAUCCUUUUGGUGAAUCUGGAGGCUCAAAAUCUGAAACAGAAGAUUCAAUUCUUCAUCAGUUAUUUAUUGUAAGAUUUCUUGGCUCCAUGGAAGUGAAGUCUGAUGAAAGCCCAGAUGUUGUUUAUGAAACAAUGCGUCAAAUCCUUGCAGCUCGUGCCAUCCACAAUGUUUUCAGGAUGACAGAAUCACAUUUGUUAGUCACCUGUGACUGUUUAAAGUUAAUUGAUCCACAGACACAAGUUACAAGACUACGAUUCCCUUUGCCCAGUGUAGUUCUCUAUGCUACACACCAGGAGAAUAAACGCCUGUUUGGAUUUGUGCUUAGAACCUCGGGAGGGAGAGCUGAGAGCCGCCAGACUUCCAUCUGCUAUAUAUUUGAAUCAAAUAAUGAAGGGGAAAAGAUUUGUGACUCUGUUGGACUGGCCAAACAGAUAGCUUUCCAUGCAGAACUGGAUCGAAAAGCAACAGAAAAGCAGAAAGAAAUCGAGAGAGUCAAAGAGAAACAACAAAAAGAACUGAAUAAACAAAAGCAAAUUGAAAAGGACUUGGAGGAGCAGAGCCGGUUGAUAGCUGCUUCCAGCAGAUCCAACCAGAGCAGUGGAGAAGGACAGUUUGUAGUCCUGAGCAGUAGCCAGUCGGAAGACAGUGAUUUAGGAGAAGAUGGAAAGAAGAAGAGAGAAUCCGAAGCCUAAGGCUGCCCACUUCAUUGAAAUUGGAAUCAUGGAUAUAUCUGGUGAAAAGGCACAAGUUCUACAAGAAGUGAAAUGUAGGUGGUGGGUCUGUUGUAUUAUAGAAAAGACUUCUCAAUAUAUAGACCCUAUUAUGCCUUGAUUUUUAUUUCUCAGUUAAGUGAUUUCCAUUUUCCUGUCAGUAUAAUUUCUCUUCCGUAUGCCAGAUGAAACAUGGUGAUGCUGCCAUGUUUAUUACAAAUUUAUGUUUUCUCAAGGCUUCUCUGCAGUAUGGAAAAAAAAUGUGGGUUUUUUUCCCCACUUACUUCUCUGUGCAAUUAACUGCUUUUGAAGCAAAACUUAAAACUCCCCUUGGGCUUCAGCAGUACAUGAAACUCGUUCUAUACACUGCACUAUGGAGAACACCUUGCUGGAAACAGAAGUGAAUGUCCAAAUAAGACAGUGCUAAGCUUUACCCAAUUUGUUGCACAUAACUGUUCUUAGAUUUAGAAAGAAAAAUCCUUAUUAACAUCAGUGAGAUGUGCAAUAGUUCUAGACAGAAGGAUCGUUUUUGUUUCGUUUUGCACUGUAUGAUAUUGCAUUGGGGUCUCUUUGGAGUGAAUAUAAUGCUGAAAGACUUCUUUCAGCAGGAGAAAAAGAUACUGUCAGACCUAGAUAAGAGCUGAUGAGAUGCAGUUGAACUUUGCUGCAUGAGGAAAAGCAUUCCUCAUCAAAUUAUAGAAGUAAUGUAUAUAGCCUUGUAGCACAAGUGCCAUGUUCUUGGUUUUUCCCCAGUACUUGGAAUAAAGAGCUGUAAGCCUUUGAGUUCACUUUUAUAAAACAUGCUUAGAGUUGCAAGAACAUUUGGAAUUCCAUCAUUUGAAAAAUCUCCGGCCUAUGUAAAUGCAUUGAUGCCAGUACACUACAUCUACUGCAAAGGAGUUAUGGCUCUGUAAGUCUUUCUAUAAAAAGUGAUUUUGCAAACAGAAUUUGCCAUUUCUGAAGUAAGAGACGAUGCUAAUCCUACAUCCCAGAGUCAAUCCUGGAAAGCAUUUUUCAAAGCAGUGUCUGUUUACAGCUUGUAAUCUGCACUCCAUAUUCCAUACCCUGUGUAAUAUUUAUUUUGUAUAGUAUUAGAUGUGCAUUCACCUUUUGAUCCAGAAGAGAAAACUUGUUUGAAGAGAAAUAUUUAUUUUUGCACUAAUUACUAUAAAUAUUAAAAUCCAGUGGAACAGAAGAUAGAUAGCUCUCUAAUAGUGGCAUGAAGAUAACAGGAUAUGUAGAGAGAGAAGAAUAUACUUAUAGUCCAAGUUAUAAUAUAACAGUUAUGAAUGGUUUACAGUUCAUUGCAGGGCAUUUCUGGUGUUCAGGAAUGGAAGCAAUUUUCAGAGUAUCUCCUCAGCAGCUGGUGAUGGCCCAGCCCUUCAUAGCUGGAGCUGCUCAGUGCUGAUGAAGUCAGUGAGGAAUCUCAGGUCACAUCUGUAGGUGCACAGAGGGCUCUCCUUGCACACUGGAGUGCCCUGCACUGGCUAAAGCAGCUCCUCCUGCCCUUGGUGCUGGAGCUGUGACUGUGUGUGCAGGAGUUCACUCAUCACUCCUGAGACAGGAGAGAAGGGCGGCAGUGCCUGUCCUUGCAGCAGGACGAGCAGACAAGCAGGAGUUGGAGCAGCUCCCGGCAGAUGUUGGUGGCACCACAGCCCAGGGAGGGGCUGGAGCAGUCACCGAAGGGGUCCCAGUACCUGUGACAGUACAGGGGUCACAGCACCCCUGGCUUGAGGGGGAAGCUGAGCAGCAAAGAGCCUCCAGGUUCCCUUCCCAAGUUAAUUCCCAGGCCCUGUUCCAGCGCAUUUUUCAGCCCCAGAGCAGCCAGACACUUGCAGAAAUACCUGCUUUGGCUGUUGCCCAGUGAGGCCAAAUGGUAUUGCCCUGUGGCCAGAUUUGGCUACCACACAGUCACAUGGACCACACCAGUCUGAGGCUUCUUUUAAGAGAGUGGCAUUUUUAUUUCGUAUCUAGUAUCCUUAAGAGACUAUAUUAAUUCUUCCCUACAAAAAUGUACAGAGGCUGCAAAUCCAAAUUUUUCCCAUUUUGGGCAUAAAUCAAGGCUUAGAGAGAGUGCAGUGCAGCCAGUUUGUCUCUCCAAAUUAUUCCGGUUCAUGUUUCAUUAGUUUGGGGGUUUCGUUUGUUUUUAUUUACUGAUAUUUCUGUUUUCUAUCAAAUAAUAUCACAGGGCAGCUCAAGGUUGCUGCUAUGACUUGUAUCUUUCUCAAGUACAUGCUGAAGAUGAAGUAGUUUAGAAACAGCACAGGAAGACUAUGAAAUCAGUGAUCUCCAGUGUCUAGAAGCCAGUCCUCAUCUGGUCAGGGAAGGAUUGUGUUAAGCACUUGAGCUGCAGUAGCCCAGGCUCCAGAGGGAGGACAGGUAAUAGAUGAGCAGUCUCAUGACAGAGCAUUUCUGAUGUGUAGCCUGUUCUGCAUUAGCCUUAUUGAAGAAAUGUCAGAAAAUGGAAUUACUGUAUUUUUUCUUGAAACCUACUAUUACAAUUUUAGAUCUAAAUCUGCAAAGAUGAGGAAGAAAAGCAAAUAAAGUGGCAGGUGAAUUCACCACCGUAUGGGAUUUUUCAGAUUCAGCAAUACAUGAUUGGAAUUAUUCCAUUUGAUUUUCAGGCUUUCCGUUGCCUGAAAUGUAGUUUCCCAUUGCUGUUAGUUUUCUAAAACAGACAGCAUAGGAGUGAGGUGCAUUGCACUUGUGUUGGAUGAUUUUCAUUUUAACCACUAGAAGAAGGGGACAUGAUUGAAGAGAGUAGUUAAAGAAAACAGAUUGAUCUUCAUGAAUGAAAUGAGGGGGUUAUUUUUUUUGCUUAUUUAGGGGAGUUUCACUGGUAUAAAAUGAGCAAGAAGGUCAGCAGAGGGGAGGAAGUCAGAUGGGAAUGGUGCAUUGAGUUAUGAGGGGGGUGAGAGCUUUGCCCAAGGGAAGGAUCACACAGCUCUGUAAUUAGAAUUAUCUCAAGGCAAAAAUCGCUGCUGAGUUAUUAUCCACAGUCUCCUUCCCAAAAUAAAGAACUAUUUGGUACCUUUUCUUUCUAUGAGGUCUAGAACUACUUCAUUAGAAAACAGUUUUGUUAAUUAAAAAAAGAAAUCAGAAUGCUUAGUAUUUUCCUUGAGAACAUGACUUUUAGUGGGAACACCUUGUGUUCUGCUGGGAACUGCUGUGGUAGGAUUUCACCACCUGAGUAUUUUAUUAUUGUGACUAAAUUACUGGUUGAUUUCCUCUCCUGUAAUUUAUUUCUCCUGUUUAUUAUUUCCUAUUGCCUUUUACUCAAAGGCUGAUCUUACAGGUACUUCCACCUGAAGCUGUAGUUUGCUUCAUGUGCAUCCACUAUUAUUUUAGUCACUCCUGAAAACAUUCUUUCAAGUCCAUGAUUUUGAAGUGACUUUGUGCAGGUACUGAUUGGCAGAGGUGUUCAGGAUUAACUUGUUAUGUUGCUAAUUGCAGCCUCAUAGUUCCUGCCACAAUUUUAGCCCUUAGGUGAGGGGAUGUUAACCUUGUAACUCUAUAGGUUUUCAUGCUGCAGAACAAGCAAGUCUUGCUGUCAGCUGUUUCAAGCUACAUACAUUCUUUAUGUAUGUAAUGGCAUGUAUAUAAAACAUAUCAAGUGUGCUUAUGGGUGUGCAUUUUAUUGCAUUAUAGAUAAUCCCUGGCACUCCUCUGUGGGCUCUGGUAGAUGUGGCCAAGUCUAAAGCAGAGCACAAGGGCAAAGUCAUGUACGACUUAACCAUGUAUAAGUGCUUACAAGCAAGUAAAGUCAUUUGAAUGUCAUAGUCUUGCUUCCUUAAUCUGUUUAGGUUUGAAAUUGUAUCAAGACAAUUUGCUAUCUAACAGUAAAGUAAUAUUUCAGGGUUAAGGAACAUUUCCCCUUAUAAAGUUGUCAGAUUUUCUCUUUAUAUGGAUGUAAACUCAGAGCUGAAAAUCCUGAAACAGCUGAAGCGAUUUAUGAAGCUAUAAUUUAUGUACAUUGAUAUAAAGAGGUAAAUUUGACUGUGUUUAUGUUUUAAGGUAAAUUCUGAUUAAGUAGUUGCACAGAAUUUGGGAAGAGCCAAUGGAGAGAACUAUGUUAACGAUAUAGUCUCUUGUUAUUUCAGAAAUAAGUCACGUAGAGAAAGAAAACCUGCCACUGCUUAGUGAAUUUAAUAGAGAUAUUGUCUAGUCUGACAGCAAAAGCUGAUAUUUUAUAUUAUUUCUCUUGAUCUAUAUUACAAAAAUUCUUGCAAGGUAAUUAGUCUCCAAGGCUUUUCUUUUUAAUCAAGCACUAAGUUGCUUUUCUUUUUUCCUUUGCCACAGUGGUAUCUAAGUUGUCAUGACAAGAAUAAGUCAGUGUGUCAUUGUGAAUGCACUUGUAUUCCUAAUGAACUUUGUAUUGCAAGACAAGGACUUUGUACAAUCUUUCUGGUCAUUUUUAUAAUAGAGUGGAGUGGUCAAAUUCUUACAAUGAUGUUCUGGAUUGGUCCUGUUCUGGUGAAGUGUAAGUGAUUUUUGCAAUGUUUGAGACUGACUUGCACAUUUUCCCUGAAUAGCUGUAUUAAAAACCACCAAUGGCAUAUUUAUGUCAA